AUGGAUAGAGGCUUAUAUUUCUUUCUUUCUUUCUUUCAAAUUCUUUCUUUCUUUCAUUACAUUUCUUUCUAUGCUAAUACCUAUUCCAUAAAGGUUAUAUUUUUUCUUUCUUUCUUUCUUUCUUUCUUUUAUUAUCUUUCUUUCUUUCUUAUUAGGUAUUCCAUAAGAUUAAUGGAUAGAGGCUCUUUUUUCUUUUCUUUCUUUCUUUCAAAUGCCAGUAUAUUUUUUUUCUCUCUUUCUUUCUUUCUUUUUCUUUUUUCUUUCUUUCUUAGACCUUAUGGAAAGAUUAAUGGAUUUAGGCUUCUUUCUUUUCUUUCUUUCUUUCUUUCUUUUUCUUUCUUUACAUUCAUUUCUUUCUUAAUUACCUAUUCCAUAAGUUUUAAUUUUUCUCUCCUUUCUUUCUUUUCUUUCUGUCUUUCUUUCUUUAUUUCUUUAAUGGAUACCUAUUCUCUAUUUAUAUUUUUUUCUUUCGGGUUUUCAAAUUCCUUUCUUUUCAUUUUCUUUCUUUUGCUUCUUAUACCUUUCAAGGUUAUGAAUCUUUCUUUUCUUUCUUUCUUUCUUUAUUUCUUUCUUUCUUUCUUUCUUUCUGGAAGAUUAAUCCAUAAGUUUAUAUUUUUUUCUUUCUUUCUUUCUUUCUUUCUUUCUUUCUUUCAUUACAUUCCUUUCAUUCUUAUACCAUUUUUAAGGUUUAAUUCAUCUUUCCUUUCUUUCUUUCUUUCUUAUUUCUUUUCUUUCUUAUUAGGUAUGGAAAGUUUAAUGGAUAGAGGCUCUUUCUUUCAAAUUCUUUCUUUCUUUCAAAUUCUUAUUCGAAUUCAUUACAUUCACUUAUAUGCUAAUUUCCUUUUUUUUCUUUGA